AAAUCAAAUUCUUGUUGUAUAUACACACUCACAUACUAUUUCUGUGAACAAGUGUUAAUUUAAUUAAUUAUUCUGUCCUGGUAUGAUCUUUGAUUACUGUUUACUCUUCUUCUGAUUAACUCCAAUUAGUACCAGAUACUUGUAUAAACAAUGGAAGUUACCAAAUACUUUGAGUUGAAUAUGAUAAUCGCCUCUUUGUUUGGUGUCAUUUGGAUAAUCAGUGGUCUCAUUUUGAAUAUUUUCCAAUUUUUAAUUUACAUUACCAUUCGUCCUUUCAGUCCUUAUGUUUAUCGUAAAAUAAACUACUAUCUAAUCUAUUCCAGUUGGUCUCAAGUGGUCGCUCUAGCCGAGUAUUGGGCUGAUUGUACACUAACAGUCACUUUCGCUGACGAGGAAUCAGCUAAAUCUCUCGGCUCUGAACAUAGUAUUGUUCUGAUGAACCAUAAAUAUGAAGUUGAUUGGCUUUUCUCUUGGAUACUUUCCGAUGCAUUCGGCAUUCUAGGGAGCGCUAAAGGAUUUGCCAAAAAAGAUAUUAAAUAUCUUCCAGUAAUCGGAUGGAGUUGGUUUUUCUCUGAGAUGAUAUUUGUCGAGAGAAAAUGGGACAAAGAUUCCAAACUACUUGGACCAAGUUUACAGCGUCUUAUGGAAUACGAUGAUGUGAUAACUCUACUCAUAUUCGCCGAGGGUACUCGUUAUACCAAAGAAAAGUAUGAGAACAGUGUUAAAUAUUGUAAAGAAAAAGGUUUAGAUAUACUAGAACAUCAUCUAUACCCAAGAUCCCGUGGGUUUGUCUAUACGAUUCAAAAAUUGAAAGAUUCUCUUCCAGCCAUUUAUAAUAUUCAAGUUGCUUUCCGUAAAGAAGAUCCUCCCGCUACGUUGACAAAUAUUUUAAAGAGACAAUCACUACGUGGUUACAUGUAUAUACAAAGAGUGCCUAUGAAAGAUAUACCAAAGGAAGACGAUCAACAGAUAAGCAAUUUUUUGCUGGAUAUUUAUAAGCAAAAGGACGAUUUGACCAAUUACUUCAAUGAACACGGUAAAUUUCCUGGCAAUUCCGUUGUACUGAAACGAAGGAUCUGGCCGUUAAUUCAAGUGUUAUUCUGGAGCUUCUCUGUUAUCGUUAUGCUUAUUUACUUCAUGUGUUACUUGAUCGCCUCUAAAAGUUACAUUCUUCUGACGAUAACUUGUCUUAUCCUUAGUCUUGGCUUUAUUUCAUUUCUAUUACUGAUAAGAUCAACCAAAGCGCAUAAAGGUUCAUCCUAUGGGAAAACAAAUCAAGCACCAAAUAAAAAAGUCCAUUAAAAAAAGUGAAACGCUUUAAAUGGACUUGCGAAUGGAGUAAAUAUCGAGAAAUAUAAAUUUAAAUUUGUCCAAUAUUAUGUAUUCAUAUCAUAACAUAACAACAAAAAUAUAAUUUUUCUUUCGUAAA